AUGACGAACCCGGUUCGUUUCCGAUUGAUGAUGUUUAUGCUGUGUCUGGUGUCGCAUGUUGUUAAUGGAGAACAGGAAAUGAGGUGCCAUCCAAAGGAGAGGGAAGCACUCCUUCAAUUCAAGGCUGCCGCUGUCGAUCACUACGGCAUGCUCUCUUCUUGGACCACUCCCCACUGCUGUCAGUGGCAGGGGAUUCGGUGCAGCAACCUCACCGCCCAUAUCCUAAGCCUCCACCUUCCGACAGGUUAUAUAAGCGGAGAGAUCCACGAGUCGUUAAUGGAGUUGUCACUAUUAGAGUAUUUGAAUCUCAGUUCCAAUUAUUUUGGCUAUGAGAAAAUUCCAGAUUUUCUUGGUUCUCUUAGAAACUUGAAAUACCUUGAUCUCGCGUGA